AUGAGAACCGAGAGCCAAGAUAGAGACGGCGCGACCAGGGAGAAGUUCAGCAAGCUGAAUUGGGCCGUGUUUGAAGGUGGUGAAGAUGGACAGGGAGGAAGUGAGGUGGAAAGAUGGAAGGAAGAGAAGCAGACGGGAAACGACGACGAAGGUCGCGCGCUCCAGCCUACCAGCUCCCAGCUCCCCAGCUACCAGGACUACGACAAGGACCAGCACCAGCACCCGCACCGCUGCACGCCUGCACUGCUGUACAUCUCUUCUCUAUCUGCACUUUGA